CGCCGGAGGAGAUGCGUCGCUGCCAUCCUCGUCCGCCAUUUCUCCUGACGUCACCCGGCCGGAGAACCUGCCCGGAGGUCCGAGGAAAGGAUCCCGACUCGACUUGACUUCCCGCCUCCCUCACCUCCUCAUACGGGCAGGCUUAGCCUCCCAUGAACCGGCCUGUGAGACAGCCACUGAUUGGCGGCAGCUCCACGGAAACCAUGGCAACCAGCUGUUUUGGCAAUUCCAGCCAUGAAGCGGGAGGCAGACGAGAGAAAUUGGCCUGCGGGUACAGACGCCACGGCCGGGGAACCUACGGAGCGCGGGCCUCGUAAGGCCUGCGAGUUACCAGUGGGGCCUUGACAUUGUGAAAUAAAUGAUGAGACUUGAGCUUACUGCCUGAGCAGCAGACAGGAGCAUCUCCAUAGCGACAAAUCCUUCCGCUCGGAAAACCCGUGUCAACACCGUCGUUGUCAUCCUCGCCAUGGCCAUCUUCACUGCCUUCCUGGUCCUAGUGCUGUGCUUGGUGUUGGGCUACGUGGCGGUGAGGAGCCAGCGGAGCAAAACCGCCGGCGACCCUCGUGGGGGACAAAGCAGACCCUGGGUGGACAAGGACCUGCAGGAGGACAGUGAGGCCAAGACAAAAGAUGAGGAAGGCGAGUGGGCGGACAAGCAUGAAGACGUCCCACAAGUGCCUUACUUGUCGGAGCGCCACCCCGAGGAGGAGAUGCUAUGCAGAGCUCAACGCUUCUACGCGCUAAUGAACCAGCGCAGGACGGUGCGCUUCAUCAGCCCCGAGCCCGUGCCGCGGGAAGUCAUCGAUAACGUAAUACACACCGCAGGCACCGCACCUAGCGGCGCGCACACUGAACCCUGGACCUUCGUGGUGGUCUCCGACCCAGACGUCAAGCACCGCGUGCGGGAGAUCGUGGAGGAAGAAGAGGAGGUUAACUAUCGGCAGCGCAUGGGAGACAAGUGGGUCAAAGACCUGGCCAACUUUAGGACAAACUGGAUGAAGGAGUACUUGGACGUGGCGCCGUACCUCAUCCUCAUCUUCAAGCAGACGUACGGGAUCCUUCCGGACAACAAGAAGAGGGUGCAUUACUACAAUGAGAUCAGCGUGUCCAUCGCCUGCGGCCUCCUGCUGGCUGCACUGCAGAACGUGGGUCUGGUCACCGUGACGUCGACGCCGCUCAACUGCGGCCCGAAGCUCAGGCUGCUGCUUAAGCGACCCGUCAACGAGAAGCUGCUCAUGCUGCUACCCGUCGGCUACCCCGCCAAGGACGCCACCGUGCCUGACCUCAAACGCAAACCACUGCACGACAUCCUGGUGCAGAUAUAAGGGAAGACAUUUCAAAAUGGAAUUAAAUAGGCAAAUAUCA